AUGGCCAUUGCGGUUGAUGAAGCCGACCGUCACCUAGACCAACAUGGCAGAGAUCCCAUGCUAGCUCAGAAAAUCGGCUUUGACGGCCUUCCGCCUAAAGACUCGGAGCAAUGGAGCUCGCUAUUCCAGUUUCUUUGCCGGCCAUGGUUCUCUCGCGUGUGGAUCGUUCUAAUGGAUUCUUCCAAGGUCAUCCAAGAAGCCUACUUCUCCGGAGAUAUCCUCUUUUUCUGCGGGAACAGAACGACCACAUAUGCACCACUUUACUUCGCCGCGGACUGGGUUCUCGUAAACGGGACAAAGGUGGGCUACGAUAAGGCUUUCGAUCCAGCUGAUUACUCCAGUUCCAUGUGCUUCAAUAUCAUGGAAAUGAGGCCCGACAACUGGACCCGCGAGAAUCAGUCGCUUGAUAAUCUUCUCGAUGGAUGCAAAAGAUUCGGCGCGACGAACCUCCGUGACAAGGUGUAUGCCUUGAUGCAUCUCCCGGCAUUCAAGAGAGAGUAUCCCGACAUUCAGCCAAAUUAUCGAAUCUCCGUCGAAGAAACGUAUGUCGAUGUAACUAUUGCAUCAAUCCGCCGAAAUAAAGACUUCGUAAUUCUGAUGCGCGUCGAUCGAGAACUAGGAGACCAGAGUCCAGCUCUUCAGCUGCCUUCCUGGGUGCCCCGGUGGAAUAGGGGUGACGAGACGAGCAGUGCAUCAUCUACAUGGUACAGAUUUUAUGCCGCAGGGAAGACUAAACCGUCCGCAGAGAGUUCUUCGUCGCCGUUUUCUGCUGAACUUCUCUCCGGACACAGGCUGCAGGUAGCGGGAUUCGAGUUCGACAUAGUGGAAGACGUUUCCAAGUUGACUUUUAUCCGCGGUUAUAAUGCUACUCCCCCGGCUAAGCCACACUUCUCUCCUUUGCGCCCAUGGAAACGAUACGAUCCUGAUUCAGAGAUCGGGCCAUACGCUACUGCGCCGGCCAUAAUUGAGGCCUACGCCAUGACAAUGACGGCCAUGUGUCGCGAGUUUGAAGGAUUUUAUGCUCUCCACUGCGCACCGGAAAAUGAAGCCCACCACAGGUCUGACUUCGUAGCCUGGCUGCAAUGGCUGCGACGCCCGGGCCCAGAGGAGCAUUUGCGCGAAGGAGACAGUCAUUAUCCUCCAGGCCUUUACUCUGAUGAAAGGCCAUUUUUGAAUGAUACAACGGAUGAAGAGCUGGAAGUGUUCUAUACGAGAUACAAUAGGAUGGUGAGAAUGUACAAUCUGGGGCGGAGAUUGAUAAGAACUCGCAAUGGUUACUUGGGGACUGGUUCCCAUGAGCCGCAGAUGGGAGAUCUUAUAUGCAUUUUCUUUGGGAGUGCGGUUCCGUUCAUCUUACGGCCGAGGGAGGACGGCAAUGGGUUUAUCUUGGUAGGGGACGCUUACGUUCAUGGCAUCAUGAAUGGUGAAGCCUUGGAGACGCUGGACAAGGGCUCAUUUACGAAGAGGAACUUCAUUAUUCACUAA